UCUCCUCCUCUGUGGUUGAAAAUGAGUCAACGGAAUAUUAAGUCCCCGGCAUUAGAAUAAACACGUCGCGUGUUAAAUCAAAAUCCAAUUCUGUGGUCUAUUAUUUUCUGGCAUAGUAAUGACUGCCAAGGAUUAGGAAUCAAUAUUUCACUGCAGCAGGGACAUUACCGUCUUUAUUCAGGCCGUAAUUGAGUUUUGAGGAGAGGCCCUGCCCUGGAAUCUGCAUUAGAGAUAAGGGCUGCCGUUCAUGGAGGCCAUUACACCUCAGCUUCAAAUCCCUCAACCUUGCAACAUAUUAGCCUUACUACACUGUAACUAACUAAUAAAUACGCGCUCAUAAGUUAGAACUGACUGUUGCUGACCUGGCCUAACUAUAGGAAGCACUCGCUCCUACUAGAGCUAAUUUGUAUUUACACCCGUCAGUAAAGUAUGAAUUCAAUUGCGGAGCAGCUACUAACUGUGUGGGAUUAGCUAUGUGUAAAAAAAAAUUAAAUCCGAAACGUUGAGCUGGCGCGUGCUUCCUGCUCCUUGCUUCUCUCCUGCCAGGACAGAGAAAUGUCCCGGGCCUCACCGCCCCACGCGCGCACCAGCCAGAUAAUAGCCUAUUAGCGCAAGUGGGAUUAAUUUGUAGCCAAUUACAAGGCGUGAGUUGAAAGGGAAUGCAUAAAUAAGGAGAGAGACCGGCGCACACACAGUAUCAGUAUAUGUGUGUGAUAGAGGGUCCUCUAGGGGCCGGCUGUAAGCCAAAGAGGGUGUUGAAAGCUCGAACGGGGGAGAGAGAGCGCGAGAAACAAGAGGCGACGGGGAGGAGAGAGGGAGCUACUCAAAACUGAAGGAGCGGGAGAGAACGCGAGCUGGUUCGAGCUGCUCGCGCAGAGAUACAUCAGCGUCCGUCCCGCCUCCAGCUACUGCCCUGCGGUCACCGCACAGAGGUCAAACUCUGUGCUCUGCGUAUGCGUGCGUGUCAUCGCGGGCUAACUGCCACGCGCUGUGACUCUGGAGAAGUUCUGCUGAAGCGGAGAAGGAUGCAGCCGAAAGAGCCGGAGACAAACAGGCAGAGAGAAGAAGUUUAAAGUUUGAGCGGACAAAAAGUAGCCUCCAGUCAGGCUUAAAGCUUCUCACCUGUCCACACUCCCGGACUUUCCAUGGAAAACCUCCAAAAGCAGAGAACUCCACCUCAGGCUGGACGUGAACAGGACUCAUGAGCUGGCCUUUCGUGUGACGUUUAUCCUCUGAAAUGAAUAUCAUAUAACCGUUUUAAAUCCAACUGGGCUCAAUUUAUUUAUUUAUUUAUUUAUUUAUUUAUUUAUUUAUUUAUUUAUUUAUUUAUUUAUUUAUUUAUUAUCUUUUUCUCUUGUUCCUCUUCUUCGCAUUUAAUUCCGGAUUCCUAAAUUCCAUAAAGUCUAUGGGAAGGAGGGAGUAAAGUGAUGAACCGAGACAGAGGCGCGGCAUCCGGGCCUGGAUCGGACGGGAUCCAGGCGGUGAUGGGACGGGACAGAGCCGCAGCAGGAGGGCCAGUGGUGGACACACUCCAGCCCGCAAUGAGUCGGGACAGACCGGGGAGCGGGGACGGGGUUCAGACGAUGGUGGGCCCUGAGAGCAGGGAGAUGUUGGACGCAGGCGCCGCCGCGGACAAGCGGCUCUUCUCAGUGGCCGCAAGCAGAGAUCCUCAGGCCGUAGAGAACCACACGGAGCCCCCGCCGGUGUUAGCUCCGCCACAACAGGGCCCCGGCCACCGUACCACCUCCUUCUCCGUCCUGGACAUCUUGGACCCCAACAAGUUCACGAGCAACCGGCGACACACGUCGCCGUCGCAGCACGUGAGCCACCACGGGGAGCGCGAGCUGAUCGCUUACGAUGCGGAGAACCGGAGAGCAGGGCCAGGGGAGCGCGAGCUCAGUAGCCUGGAGCCCAGCAAGAGUUGCUACGUCGCAGAGGAAUACCAGAGCAAGGACAGUUUUGUAUACCGAAGUCCAGAUGAAGAGGACUAUCACCGCUCUGGGACUCCAGACUCUGAGGGUCCAGAUGGGACCUACAGCAGCGAGGAGAGCAGCUCUGCUCUGCCUAGCAACGGAGACAGAGAGUUGGGCCAGCACGGCCACUCUGACCCCAGCAGAGACACAAAGAGCCCGGGUGGAGGGCCCCCGGCUCAGAUCAGCAGCGGUCAGAUCAACGCAGGGCAGGGCACCAAGCCCAAGAGGAAACGCUCCGGCUCGGACUCCAAGUCAGGGAAGCCCCGCAGGGCCCGGACUGCCUUCACCUACGAGCAGCUGGUAGCGCUGGAAAAUAAAUUCAAGUCCACACGCUACCUGUCGGUGUGCGAGCGCCUCAACUUGGCCCUGUCCCUGUCCCUCACCGAGACCCAGGUCAAGAUCUGGUUCCAGAACCGCCGGACAAAGUGGAAGAAGCAGAACCCUGGAGCCGAUACCUCGGCCCCCACGGCGGGGGGAGCCGGAGGAGCAGGGGGCGCAGGUGGGGGGACAGGGGGAGGCCUGGGCAGCCUGAGUCCUCUGAGCCCAUCUCCUCCGGUCAGCGGCCACCUGGCCAUGCACGCUGGCUACGCCGGACACCACCACCCCCCCACAGGGAGCCUGGUGCAGCUGCCUUUCCUCACCGCCAGCCAUGUCCUGUCUCCGUUCAUGCUGGGAACUCAGAGCUACGCUGCGCCUGCCUUCUACAGCACACACCUGUAAAGCCACACAGUGAACUGCAGAGCAGCAAACCUUUUUACUACCAGUACCUGAAGACUUUAAAUCAGUGGAUUAUUUUGAUAGAUUGUGAAUAUGAACCAGAACUUGUACAUAAAUCUAUGUUGUAGCUUCCUCUGAAUGCUAUCUGGACCUGCGUGAUAGACCAAGAAUUGAGUUCUUUCUUUCUGUUUAAUUUCACGUCUGUACAAAUACUGAAUGUUUAAGACGUAAGGAAUGGCUUUGAUCUAUCAUCAGUAUUGUGUAAUUCCAGCUGUGAUCGUUUUCAUUUCCCUUAUUUAUUGAAUUUGUUCCAGUUGCUAUGAAAUCCCUGGAUGUGCCAAAUCCUCAGCCCAACAUGAACUGUCCUUUGAUAUUAAAAAGAUGAA